AUGAUCCCAAAAACUCCGAACGCUAUCAAAAUUAUAGCGGGGAACUCUCACCCUGAGUUGGCUGAGCAAAUUGCUCUGAAGCUUGGUAUAGACAUUGCACAAGUCGGAGCUUUCCAAUACCUGAAUCAGGAAACUGGUUUCGCAGUGGGCGAGUCUUUACGUGAUGAGGAUGUCUACAUCGUGCAAACUGGUUGCGGCGGAGACCUGAUGAAUGACUAUCUUAUGGAACUUCUCAUUGCUAUUUCGGCCUGUGUUACCGCAUCGGCUCGCCGGAUUACUGCUGUCAUCCCGAACUACCCCUACGCUCGGCAAGAUAGAAAGGACAAGUCCAGAGCUCCAAUCACGGCGAAGUUAGUUGCCAAUCUUUUACAAGUCAGUGGCUGUGACCAUGUGAUCACGAUGGACUUGCAUGCUUCCCAGAUUCAAGGGUUUUUCAAUGUACCCGUUGACAACUUGUACGCCGAACCAACGGUGUUACGUCAUAUCCGUGAAAACUUUGACCUCGAUAAUCUCAUCAUCGUCUCACCUGAUGCCGGUGGUGCGAAGAGAGUGGCUCUGAUUGCCGAUAAAUUAGACGUCAAUUUCGCCCUCAUCCACAAGGAACGGGCCAAAGCUAAUGAGGUUCUGCGCAUGGUGUUGGUUGGUGAUGUCGAAGGCAAGGAUUGUGUGCUUGUUGACGAUAUGGCAGACACUUGUGGCACUCUUUGCAAGGCUGCCGACAUUCUUUUGGAACACGGCGCUAAGCUGGUGGUUGCCAUUGUGACUCAUGGUAUCUUUUCCAGCAAUGCCUUGGAACGUAUUAACAACUCCAAUCUCACUCAGGUGAUUUGUACCAACUCCAUGCCAGUUGAAAGCUUCAAGGAGAAGUGUCCCAAGUUGGAAGUGUUGGACAUAAGUGCAACUCUCGCGGAGGCCAUCAGACGUUUGCACAACGGGGAAAGUGUGUCUUACUUAUUCAAUAACCCCGUCUAA